CACAAAUGGAUGAGGACGCUUUCACAUGUGCCGUGUGCAGCAACCCGUAUACGAGCUGUCCAUACGACUUGCGCUUGCGGGAACCUCGCGUGUUGAGAUGCGGUACGCACGGUGAACACGCACAGUGAAUGAUGGAUCUCACUCACUCGCUCACGCAUCCUCUGCCUAUUCUGUUUGUCCGUCCAUCCAUCCGUCAUGCAGGCCACACCUUCUGUGCGCAUGUAAGACACAAGACAGAAGUGCCCAUCUGCUUCACGCGUCUGCUUUUGCUGGUGCUCUGUGUGUGUGUUUGUAGUGCAUCCGAGAGCUGCAGCGGCGUGCUGAAAACGGGAGAAUCGAGUGCCCAAACCGAUGCGAGUGAGGACAAUGCCUUUAUGGAUCACCUUGCUCUACCAGUACUGGACCUGCCUGUUCCUUCCUUCCCUCGUCUGUCUGUUUCCUUCCUUCCCUCUGUCUGUCUGUCUGUCUGUCAGGGAGACCACGCCAGUCGAUCCAGGAGAGAGCGGUGUCAAGAACUACACCCUGCUGAAAGCAGUGGCGGACAAGGAGCAGGAUGGUACACAGACACACACAUGGACGGACCACGAGGACACGUGAAUGCAUCAAUGUACCCUGGCUCGUUUGAUUGAGUGCAGACCAACACCGGGUGACUGUUUUGCGCAAAUGCGCCAGCGGUGCCUGCUCGCUGAGUCUGUUGGAGGUCGCCAUGGUCGUGGAAAUGGGCCACCUGGACCAAGAGAUCGAUGCGGAGGCGGGGCUGUCAUCGAUGCGGCGGCAGCUGCACACACUCAUGACGGUAGGUACGACUCUUCGUCAUCCACUUCAUGGCAGCCCAGUGACGCGUUGCUCUCGCACUGCAGUCGUUGAUUGCGGGCAGCAUGUUGACGAGGCUGCAGGGCCUGCUCAUCUGCCGCUGGAUCCCAACACACAGACCCCUCCGACUGCUCUCCCGGUAAACAGACGACCGGGCGGACGGACGUGCGCCACACAUGCACCAGACACCCAUCGGAAGACACCUCUCUGUCUGUAUGUGUUUGGCAGGGUCACGCGUGACGGGCCGUCGCACGCCGAUCUUCUGCGGUGCGUUGGGAAUGCGAAGCCGCUGGUGUUCGUCGUCAAGAGGGACAUCUACAUGUUCGGCGUCUUCGCCAGCGCUGCCAUCCGGCCGCCCGAUAACCCGGCCGCUGUCAACGAGUACGGCUGUGCCAUGUGGGAGUUUUCUCUCGCCGGCCAUUUCGACACGCCAACACUCAUGGACGACAUUGAUCCUGAAUUCGGGCGGCUGGAGGUGGCUGGCGGGCAGAAUGCACCGAUGCUGAGGGUCGACGGCCUGACGUUCGGUGUCGACGGCCAGGACGUGAGCAGCUGCAAUCAUUCCUGCGGCCGCAUCGUGGGCUAUGACAUGCCUGAUGGGUACCGGGGCAAGGCGGACGGCGAUAACAAUGCGCUGCUUGCCGGCAGUGACCAGCUGGAGUCCCCACACGGGGAGUUCUUCACAGCCGACGAUCUGGAGGUGCUCACUGUCGGGUGACGGCGCCUGGCUCUUUCUCUGCGCUGUCCUGACGCUCUUUAUGACCCUUCUUUUGGCCGUAUUGUUCGGUGGCGGAUGGGUCGUCAUGUGGCUUUGCACUAUGCUUGCGGCUCUUUUUCAGCUGAUGUCUUUAUUUCGUAUUUGUCGUGCGCAUGCCAUUAUCACAAGAGCUCCAUGCCUUCCAUUUUUCAAUGUGUCGGAGCUCCCACUAGAUGCAAUGCGGAUUGGGUGUCCACACAUUGGGAGCACUGAUCUGUUCUUUGUUGUGGAGUGGGUGGUCACACUGGGCGUGGCUGCGUGCGGUGAGCGGCGUGACGUGUCGUGGCGUUGCUGGUUGCGUUCUGUCCUCACGGCUCAACCCUGCUUUAUGCGGCAGUGUCGCUUGUUGUGGUGUUCGGUGUGCCGUUUGUCUCUCGUUGUGUCGCCAGGCCGGCCGGGAGCUAGACAGGCGACCAACGAAACACACACCAUACACACACCAGUCAGGCUGUCGGAAUGGUUGUGAAUAUAUCCGUCACACACGGCCUGCCCACAGACAGACGACGAGUGAGACGCGCCCGUUUGCC